CACCCAACCCCCUUGUCUACCUCCCAGGCCCCCAAUUUAGGUCGACAUUCUAGGGAAAGUUGUUUACCAAAGAAUGAACCGUACCUAAUUGGGGAUGAGUAGGGAGCGAGCUAGGAUGGGCGAAUUUAGGGGUGAAUUAAAGAUGUAAAACAUAUUUCGAGAUCAAAUCAGCCAAGACACUAGCCAAUGUCAAAAGAACCGUGCUCUUCUUCUUGUUGUCUACUUCGCAGCCAUGCUUGGAUUGCUUGCCAUCAUCGUAUAUCUCGCAUACUUUGUCCUUUUCUUGUACAAAAUUUCCGGCAUUAGGGAACCGGGCGCUCUGGCCUUGAACCGGAGUUACAUGGAGUAUCGGCUCGACCCGGAGGAUGGGGCCCCGGGCUGGGUCCGUGGGAAGCUUGAUCACUGGGGUGAUGCUAUCGCAACUUGUCUCGCCAGCAGUGUUCCAAAGUGUGCUCAGUUGGAUCUGCAGGCUUAUUCUGGGCCUGAAGAUUUCUUCAAAACAAAUCUUACAGCCUUCGAGUCAGGAUGCUGCAAGCCACCAACACCAUGUGAGUUUACAAUCCAAAAUGCAACAAAUUGGAUAGCCCCAGUGGCUCCCGGGGCAGACCCUGACUGCGUUAAAUGGAACAAUGACCCAAACCAGCUUUGCUACUCGUGUGAUUCUUGUAAAGCGGGAUUAGUAGUCACUAUUGGGAAGGGAGGAAAAGAUGCAUGUUUCAUUCUGGUUAUUGCCUUUCUGGUUUUGGUAGGGGUUUGUUGUUUUGAGGGUUAUGCCCUUUACAAGGUCAAUGUGCUCAAAUCUAAGGAUGAACUUAAGAAACCCCAAAAAGGGGAUCAAGGAGAAAAGAAGUGAUUUGCAUUGUUCUAAUCAGAUCCAGGGCCGGCCCAAGGGUGGGCCGAGCAGGCCAACCGUACCGGGCCCAAUGUUUUAAGGGGCACAAUUUUUUCAUAUUUUGCAUAAUAUAUAUACAAAUUUCGUACUACUCUUAUAUAAUAAAAAAUAGAAUACCCAAAAUUGGGUGGAGUGAGGUUCAAACCUAGGCAAAUAACUUGUAAUGAGAUGCUCCAUCCACUUGAGCUACCAAGUACAUUGUUAGACAACUCACGCAAUACUAUAUAUAUUUAAUUAUUUUAUUGAUUAUAAGUAAACUUCCAAUUAAUUAGAAAAAGAAACACAAGUAGUAUCU